AUGGCGGCGCCCAUGAAAUCUAUUCGCUUUGUCAACAAAUACGAACUCUAACACGAUUUUAGGAUAUAUGAAGUUGCUGCAUUAUUGUUUUGUCACGUAGAACAAGAAGAGGACAUUUUGAAGCAUGGUCCAGUAAACUUUCUCAAGUUUCACUUCAAAUACAAAUACUAGUAUUACUGAAAGAGAAGACCAGUUUAAAAAUUUUCCGCUAAAAUGGCUGCUGGAAGUGAUGUUCGAGACAUUCUUGAGUUGGAGCAAGCUCCAGAAAAGGAAAUGGUCACCAAAGAAUCCUUAAUGAAUGAUGGGAAAAAGAAAAAACCAAAGAAGUCUGAACUGACUUUUAAGCGACCAGAGGGCAUGCACAGGGAGCUGUGGGGUCUACUGUGGACUGACAACAAAUACAGAGAUGCUCCUCCCAUCAUCCCCUCUGACACCAAUCAGGGUUAUAAACAGAUGAAGGCCAAGAUCGGCAGCAGCAGAGUUCGACCCUGGAAAUGGAUGCCAUUUACUAAUCCAGCCAGGAAGGAUGGUGCUAUCUUCUACCAUUAUCGAAGAGUUGCAGAUGAGGGGAGAGACUACCCAUUUGCUCGUUUCAACAAGAGUGUGGAUGUGCCGACCUACUCUGACCUUGAGUAUCAGCAGCAUCUGCAUGACGACAACUGGCCACGCCAGGAAACUGAUCACCUCUUUGAUCUCUGUAAACGUUUUGAUCUCCGAUUCAUCAUCAUUCACGAUCGAUGGGACAGAGAGAAGUACCGAGAUCGCAGUGUUGAGGACCUCAAGGAGAGGUAUUACAAUGUAUGUAAUACCCUGUCAAAGGUUCGUGCCCCGCAAGGUUCCGAGCCAAAGAUCAAAGCAUUCGAUGCAGAGCAUGAGAGAAAGAGGAAACUACAACUCAUAAAGUUGUUUGACAGAACACCGGAACAGGUGGAGGAGGAAGACUACCUCAUUGCAGAGCUGAAGAAGAUUGAGCUGAGGAAGAAGGAGAGAGAAAAGAAAACUCAAGAUCUACAGAAGCUCAUCACAGCAGCAGACAGCAGCAUUGACAGUCGGCGCACAGAGAGGAAGACAACCAAGAAGAAGGUCAACCCACAACAGAAGAUCAAGGAAAUUGGGACGACACCAGAUUCAGGCGGGAUCAAGUUUGCAGAUUUCAAACAGUCUGGUGUUUCUCUCAGGAGUCAAAGGAUGAAAUUGCCUGCAUCGAUUGGUCAGAAGAAACUGAAAGCUAUUGAACAGGUCCUUGAAGAACUUGGAAUUGAAUAUAACCCAAUGCCAACUGAAGAUAUUGUUCACCACUUCAAUGAGCUGCGGCAGGACAUUGUGUUGUUGUAUGAGCUGAAGCUGGCUCUUGCUAACUGUGAAUAUGAGCUGCAGACACUACGCCAUAGAAUGGAGCCAGAUGGCUCCGCACAGCCAUUAGAAAUUGACCCGUUGGGUACUCCAAUAGGAGGGAUGGUCAUCAAGACAGAGCCCCCAUCCCUGCCCCCAUCUGCUCCCUCCACUCCAGCCCCUGACCCAGGAUCUGCAUCCACCAGCAUCACGCCUCCAUCUGCAGGUGCUAUCUUUGACCCCCAGUCGGCAGAGUCUCCCAACAAACAGAAGAAGCUCCUGGAGACGAUCGAUGUUGUCGGAGUAGGCGCUCCAGGAACACCUAAUAGAAAGCGGAAGGCUGCCCUGGAACAAAGCAACAUUCUGAAAAAAAUCAAACAGAAGCCCUAAGGAAGGCCUCCUCAGUGUAUGGAUAGAACUGGAAGCUAGGAACAGUAACUUCAUGCAGAAUUCCAUCCAAGUUGACUGAAUACAACACUUUGGCCUGGCAUUCUGAGACAUGACUGGUCCUGUGAGGCUGUGUGUAAUAUGCGGUGCAGAGUUGUCUCCCUUUGUUGACAAGGAUUUAGCACUGUUGGUUCAAAUCCAAGAUUCUGCCUGAUUCUGAUAGCUGGUUUGUUGGCACCAUAUUCAUGCUCAUAGAUUUCGCAAAUUUGGUGAACAUUUGUGUCACAGUGAUCUUGUUUCAUACAGGGACGUUAUAAUCAGGGAUCUGAGCAACUCACUCACUAUGGGGUAGCCUAGUGAUUAAGCCGUUUGCUCGUCACAACGAAGACCCAGGUUCGAUUCCCCACGUGGGCACAAUGUUUGAAGCUCAUUUUUGGUGUCCCCCUCCGUGAUAUUGCUGGAAUAUUGCUAAAAGCGGCAUAAAACUAAACACACUCACUCACCCACUCACUAUAAGGAUAGGUGUUACAAAGAUGGUGGUAUCAGUGCAUCAAAACAUACGUGAAGGCCUUUGUUUAAUAAACUGAGAAAAGAUUCACCUAGGUUAAAGUGAAUACUGCGUUUCCAUGUUAAUAACACUUGAACCCCCAGGGAUUGCCAGUUAGAGCUGGCACCAGUAAACUAUGUGUGUUAUGUGAGGUGGCCAAAUGGAUUCAUAGAGAGGCCCUGUGAAGUAUUGAUUGCAUGUCAUCAUACCUAAGAGUGUGGGUCAUUGCUCACGAUAUCUAUCACCGGUUUGUCUUGCACAGACUGGAUCAUUAAUAGACCAUUGUCAUGUAGCUGGAAUAUUGCUGAGUGUGUUAGACAAAACUAAACAGAGGAAGCAUACAUCAGUGCAGGUUAAACUUUCAAUUCAAUUCAAUUCUCUACUAUAUCUCAGCAGAAACAGAUGUGAUCAGGGCCCUAUUACACAAAGCAGUCUCUUAGUGCUGAGACUAUAAUAAGGAAGGUUCUAAUUUGCGAAUCAUCAUAACCUCAAUGCUAAGAUAGCUUUGUGCAACAGACCCCUUUUGCUUUCUUUGGCACAUUUUGGCAAUAGGGUAGCUAAGUGGUUCCAGCAUAACCUCGUCACGCUGAAGACCCAUGUUCAUUCCCCACACUGGUACAAUGUUUGAAGCCA